GCCUGCGUAAAAACUGCGUUUACCGCGUGUAAAAAGUUAAGAUAAAUUAUUCCACUACCGUUGUACAUUGGAAAACAAGGAAUCUCUGAAGAGAUGGAACAGACGCCAAUUGAAACUCGCUUUGGAGUAUUGUGCCGCGAUGUUGCCUUCAUCCGUAAAGACGAAAAGCUGCAGCAAACGAUUGAGAAGAUUGGCAAAUGCUUGAAGGUAGCCUGCGAAGACUACGACAAAUAUCAUCAGUUUAGCAUCGAAGAAAAGGUCCUGUAUGAUAAUUAUAUUACCUACAGCGUAAACUCGCUGUUCUGGAUGCAUCGAAAACUCACUGGUAAAAUGGAGGACAAUGACGAAAUUAAGCAUGAGUUGGAAAAGGUGCGCUCGGUCAUGGUACGCAUGAAGGAAAUCAAGGACAAUGCCACCAAACCUCAGCUCGAUAGAAAGGCAGCCAAGCGGUUCAUUCGGGCCGGGCUGUACGAUGCUCAACAGCCGCACGGAAAAAAGCCAAAACUGCCUACAAAACUAACUUCAAACAAUGGAAAGCAUUGGUAAUUAAAUAGUGCAUCUCAUAUGUUUGAACAUUGUAUGUACAAUGUACAUACAGUGUCGGACAUAAGUUAAGCAACUUAGUCAAGGUGUAUGAAAAAGUGUUCAAAACUUUAGUUUUCAACCAAACUGUGCAAUUUCCGACUCAACUACUGAAAAGGGUACCUAUUUAGGAUAUUUUAGAAACUGCUGAUUUAUCUAUGCUAUAAGCUUCACUAAUGUGUUUCUGAGAGUUUCCCAGAGUCGCUAGUUUCAUUUCUAUUUUGUUUUUAAUCGCUAGAAUAGAUAUUACGCGACAUUGUUUCGUUUUGAAUGUAACCGAGUGUAUCGGGUGUUCAAAGACAAAAAGAAUACUAAAACUUCAUAAACCUUGACAGAUUUAGCAAGCUUACACGCCAAUAGACUACUACUAUGCAGAAAUUCCACAUGUGAUGAUCAAUAUUUUAUUAUUUUUGCUCCAAAAUAGCCAGUUGCUUAACUUAUGUCGCAUGAAAAAACAAUGUUUUUUUGAAACCAUCGUGCUAAUGCGCUAUUUAAAGAAAAAGUAAUAACUGAAAUCGUCCUAAAAUAUCGUAAAUAGGUACCCUUUCCAGUAGCUGAGUCGGAAAUUGUAUAGUUUGAUUGAAAACUAAAGUUUUGAACACUUUUUCAUACACCUUGACUCAGUUGCUUAACUUAUGUCCGACACUGUAUGUGAUGUUCGAAGUAAUGAGAGUGAUUUUUUACGAGUCACUAAAUGCAAUAAAAUUAAGUCAUCGAACCUUUCAGUCUCAUGUUUUUACAGUGAGAAUACUGCUUGAAAGAUCAUGAGACUAAGUUAAGCCAAGUUAGACAAUAUCGAUUUAUAAUUCUAAAAAUUUAAUUUAAUUAAAUUAAAGAUUUGGAUUUCAUGGUUACUCAAAAUAAUAUGCAAAAGGGAUAAGUAACAACAGCAUUAACAAAAGUAAUGAAAAAUAACUGAUUCCUUCUAAAAUAUGUAUUACAAAACUCAAAACUACAAAACUGCAAACUAUAGUUUGUAGUUUUGGCUUUUCAUUAGAGCAGCGCAGAUGUGAGACAUUAGUGUACCAAAGCUAGAUAUUUUGAAUUUGGGAUAACCUUUCAGUCUCAUGUUUUUACAGUGAGAAUACUGCUUGAAAGAUCAUGAGACUAAGUUAAGCCAAGUUAGACAAUAUCGAUUUAUAAUUCUAAAAAUUUAAUUUAAUUAAAUUAAAGAUUUGGAUUUCAUGGUUACUCAAAAUAAUAUGCAAAAGGGAUAAGUAACAACAGCAUUAACAAAAGUAAUGAAAAAUAACUGAUUCCUUCUAAAAUAUGUAUUACAAAACUCAAAACUACAAAACUGCAAACUAUAGUUUGUAGUUUUGGCUUUUCAUUAGAGCAGCGCAGAUGUGAGACAUUAGUGUACCAAAGCUAGAUAUUUUGAAUUUGGGAUAACCUUUCAGUCUCAUGUUUUUACAGUGAGAAUACUGCUUGAAAGAUCAUGAGACUAAGUUAAGCCAAGUUAGACAAUAUCGAUUUAUAAUUCUAAAAAUUUAAUUUAAUUAAAUUAAAGAUUUGGAUUUCAUGGUUACUCAAAAUAAUAUGCAAAAGGGAUAAGUAACAACAGCAUUAACAAAAGUAAUGAAAAAUAACUGAUUCCUUCUAAAAUAUGUAUUACAAAACUCAAAACUACAAAACUGCAAACUAUAGUUUGUAGUUUUGGCUUUUCAUUAGAGCAGCGCAGAUGUGAGACAUUAGUGUACCAAAGCUAGAUAUUUUGAAUUUGGGAUAACCUUUCAGUCUCAUGUUUUUACAGUGAGAAUACUGCUUGAAAGAUCAUGAGACUAAGUUAAGCCAAGUUAGACAAUAUCGAUUUAUAAUUCUAAAAAUUUAAUUUAAUUAAAUUAAAGAUUUGGAUUUCAUGGUUACUCAAAAUAAUAUGCAAAAGGGAUAAGUAACAACAGCAUUAACAAAAGUAAUGAAAAAUAACUGAUUCCUUCUAAAAUAUGUAUUACAAAACUCAAAACUACAAAACUGCAAACUAUAGUUUGUAGUUUUGGCUUUUCAUUAGAGCAGCGCAGAUGUGAGACAUUAGUGUACCAAAGCUAGAUAUUUUGAAUUUGGGAUAACCUUUCAGUCUCAUGUUUUUACAGUGAGAAUACUGCUUGAAAGAUCAUGAGACUAAGUUAAGCCAAGUUAGACAAUAUCGAUUUAUAAUUCUAAAAAUUUAAUUUAAUUAAAUUAAAGAUUUGGAUUUCAUGGUUACUCAAAAUAAUAUGCAAAAGGGAUAAGUAACAACAGCAUUAACAAAAGUAAUGAAAAAUAACUGAUUCCUUCUAAAAUAUGUAUUACAAAACUCAAAACUACAAAACUGCAAACUAUAGUUUGUAGUUUUGGCUUUUCAUUAGAGCAGCGCAGAUGUGAGACAUUAGUGUACCAAAGCUAGAUAUUUUGAAUUUGGGAUAACCUUUCAGUCUCAUGUUUUUACAGUGAGAAUACUGCUUGAAAGAUCAUGAGACUAAGUUAAGCCAAGUUAGACAAUAUCGAUUUAUAAUUCUAAAAAUUUAAUUUAAUUAAAUUAAAGAUUUGGAUUUCAUGGUUACUCAAAAUAAUAUGCAAAAUGGAUAAGUAACAACAGCAUUAACAAAAGUAAUGAAAAAUAACUGAUUCCUUCUAAAAUAUGUAUUACAAAACUCAAAACUACAAAACUGCAAACUACAGUUUGUAGUUUUGGCUUUUCAUUAGAGCAGCGCAGAUGUGAGACAUUAGUGUACCAAAGCUAGAUAUUUUGAAUUUGGGAUAACCUUUCAGUCUCAUGUUUUUACAGUGAGAAUACUGCUUGAAAGAUCAUGAGACUAAGUUAAGCCAAGUUAGACAAUAUCGAUUUAUAAUUCUAAAAAUUUAAUUUAAUUAAAUUAAAGAUUUGGAUUUCAUGGUUACUCAAAAUAAUAUGCAAAAGGGAUAAGUAACAACAGCAUUAACAAAAGUAAUGAAAAAUAACUGAUUCCUUCUAAAAUAUGUAUUACAAAACUCAAAACUACAAAACUGCAAACUAUAGUUUGUAGUUUUGGCUUUUCAUUAGAGCAGCGCAGAUGUGAGACAUUAGUGUACCAA